UAAACGUGAAUCCUGUGGUAACUUCCCGGUAGUGCCAUUGUUAUUCUUCUUCUGCUCUCUCAUCUUCUCGCAAAAUGAAUACGUUUCUUUCGCGGGCAAAUAAUGUUUUUGCCUUUACACUGACUGUUUUGGCGUUAUUAACGUUUGGAUGUUUUGUUUCUACGUUUUUUAAGGAUUACAAUCUGCCUGUAGACUUGAAAGCAGUGAAACAUGUUGUGAAACAUGUGAAGGACUUCAGUGUUGGAAGAGAAUUGAAUGACUUGGGGAUAGUAAAUGUUGAUAUAUCAGCUGAUCUAACUGGCCUCUUUGACUGGAACACAAAAAUGUUAUUUGUCUAUUUGACUGCGGAAUACUCUACGGAGAAAAAUAAACUGAAUCAAGUGGUGUUGUGGGAUAAAAUUAUCGAGCGUGGAGAAAAUGCCAUCCUUAAUUAUAAGAAUAUGAACUCGGAAUACUAUUACUUUGACGAUGGUUCCGGUUUAAAAGGAAAUCCAAAUAUCACGCUAUAUUUGUCGUGGAACGUCAUUCCAAACGCUGGUCUUUUGCCCAGAAUCUUCGCCGACCAAAAAACGGAAACAUUUGCUUUUCCUAAUGAGUAUACUUAUGUUAGAGUGUAGGAGUUACGAGCUAAACAUUAGGUAUUUUCUGGCAGUCGUUUUGUUUAUUGUACAUCUAGUGAAAUAAACCUUACAAAUUCUUGGUA